GGUAAUUAUGAACAUAUUCGGUGCUCGAAUGUCUCACUCUGGAACAAAAAGUCGCAAAUCUAAUCAUUUAGUAUCGCAAACAAAUGCAUCAGUCAAAAGGUUGAAGACCGUGGCAAAUGAGAAGAAUUUCUACUGGUCAAACUUAAUCCUUCGUUUCAUUGUAUUUUGUAUAGCAGUAACUGCUUGCUAUUUACAUUGGUUUCAUGUUUCAAAUCUUCAUGAAAAUGAUCUUUUUUUCUCGCAUUUAUCCAAUAUGGAACGUGAACUGACAUUCAGAACUGAAAUGGGGUUUUAUUAUUCUUAUUUUAAGCAGAUGAUUUUAGCACCCACCUUUAUGGAUGCAUUCAAUUCAUUGCUUACUGAUAGUAGAACAGAAUAUCCGCCUUGUUUAAAUUUGACCAGUAAUAGUAAUACAGAUAAUGAUCAAGGUGUUAAUUGUUCAGCGCUUAAUGCUAUUGAACGCUUCAACUUAUUCCCUGAGCUAUUGUUAGCUGGUGCUUACAGAUACUUCAGUUCAUUUGGUUUAAUUAAACGUUAUUGUUUUCACGUGAAAAGAGAUCCACCUAGUCAUCCUAUCGCAAUAGCUAUAGACUCUGAUGUUAUGAAGAAUUCCUUACAGCUUAAAAAACUGGAUGUGAUACCAACUCAUCAACUGAAGAUCAGCAAUAACUCUAUAAUCAGUUGUGAAGGAUCUGGAGAACCACCAUAUUUCUAUGUGAAUUCAGUUUUUAUUUUGUCAGGUUUAAUACUUUUUGGUCUUGCAUAUUCUGGUUGGUUGAUUGCAAGAUUUGGAAGCGUAAACAGAUCCAAGAGUGAACUGUUCAUCUCACUUUUCGGUGCAUUUAUACCAGUUCUAGCGUAUUUCUCUAAUCAUAGAGAAGCUACUCGUGUUCAAUGGACUCCACCGUUAAGGGAGAGUUUUGCUUAUCCAUUUUUUGUACUUCAACAGGCUUUUCUACUUAGUCAAUUUAGAUCACAGAAAAUGUUACCAUCAAGCCUAUUGGAAACUUUCAUUUCCUCCCUAGCCUACUGUAUACUUCUGUUAGGUUUUCAACUGCCCUGGCAAUUUGCUCAAUUCGCUUUACUUACUCAAAUUAUAUCUAUUCUAUGCGCAUUGUGUAUAACCCUAACAGUGAAUCCACCUAAUUCUAUACAACAGAAAUCAAUGAUUAUAAAUCUUUUAUUAUUAACAGUGAAACGAAUCUUGCGGAUUCAUUUAUUCGUAUUCAAUUUAUCUUUUCUAUUACAAUAUGGCAAUCGUUUACUACUUCAGUCUGGUUAUUUAUUUUGUCUGUUUGGCAGUUUACUGACUGUGUACAUACUUCAACAGUUAAUAGAGACUUUCGACAUUAUGAAAAGCAACGAGAAAAAGAAGUCGAAGAAGAAUGAAUUGUCUACAUUCUCAUCAACAACAUUACACACUCCUUUCAUACGCUUUCUAUGCUUACCUGUAAUAGCUACUUGUAUUGCAACAGUUGGACUUGGGAUUGUCGUCUCAUGCCUUUUGAAAUAUACUUCUGUUGGAGGAAAAAAUUUGUCACCAAAUGAUGAUGGUGGUCAUAUAUGGGAUUUAUUGAAGCAUAAAUUAAGUAUAUUUGUUGGUACGGAUUAUAAAACAUUUCAUACAAUGCUAUAUGUUUGUGCACCUGAAUUCGAUUUCAUUAGUUGGAUGGCUUUAAAACAACCCUUUGAAACUGGUCUUCUCUUUGGUGCUAUAUUGGCGUGUUGUAUUGUCUGUUUUAAACCAGUCAAAACUUUGUUCACUUCUUCUAAUACUGCAUCAACGCCCACGCAUGCUCAGCAAUCUAGCAAUGAUGAUUACCUGAACUAUGGAUACACAUUCAAAAUAUUUAGAGAUUUUAUUUCCUUAUUAAUUAUCAUACAGAUGCUGAUUUUCACUGUAAUGGCUGUAUUCAUAAUGAGAUUGAAAUUAUUCUGGACUCCACAAAUGUGCCUUUCACUUGCCAUAUUAGCUCAGUCAUCCCGAUGGUUUGAUAUAUUUUACCUAUUGAAAAGUGUUGGUAGUCGAAUUUUCUCUAAACCGACAUCAAAUGAUGUUUGUAAGCCUGAUAAACAGACAAAUGUUCAGCAUCGAAUUGUUUACAUUAUUUAUACAGUGCUUAUGUUAUUUGUAGCAUUCAUGGGUGCGCGUGGAUUAGAAAAUGUUAAGGUUAGUUGCGUGCAUUUUGUUUUCUAUAUAAAUGGCCGCCUACAGUAAAAUUCAGAAAGUGUUGUUCCAGAUUAGAUAAGUUUAUUGUUUUUAGAUUUUUGAUUACAGCUUGAUUCCACACUGUAUUUUUGAUACAAGUAUGGAAUUUUCAGCAUGGAUAUCGGUAGCCCAAAUUUGCAGGCCGACCAUAGAUAUCAGGUGUGCGUCGGUAGGGGAUCGAACCUCGGACCAUGCACAUGGUCGGCGAGAGUCCGAACCACUGUGCCACCGACGCACAGUUUAAAAUAUUACACAGUGAUGCAGUAUUAACAACUGGAUGACGUUUCGAGCAUAAAUUAUAUCAAUUUUAGUCACACGGUUUACACAAUGUGUCUUAUAUCACAAAGCACAAAGUUUUUGUGUGAUUCUAGCUGGAACUCACCUGUUAGAUUCAUACAUAUCUCAUUGAGAGUGGUAGUGCACCUACUGAAAAACAAGUUUCAUUCUCAUUUUUUUGCAAAGACUUUAAAGUAUCAGGUACCUAUCUAGCCACCUAUGUCCCAUGCAAUGGUCAGAAGAUUCUACUUAUUAAAUUUUGGAUUUCCUUUUAUUUGCUUUUAUGGAAGCAAAAUGACCCGUCUUUGCUUGUAUGUCAUAAGUUCAAAGCCGAAAUUGGAAGUUUUGAAUAACAUUCUCAUAAAUGUUCACAAUUCAUGCAUAUCACUAGUAAUACUUUUUACUAAUGGAUCUCUAACAGCUUAAAAACAUUGCUCAACUCCUAGACAAUCAAAUUUUAAAACACAAUUUACUUUUCGGUGGGUGGAUAACAUUUUGGCGUUUGAAACUAUGAGGACUGGGUUCGAGCCUCGGUGGGAACAUCAUCACUCACCGCGGAAUACAGGUACAUCCAGAUGACGAGUCUCAAGUAGGAAGAAAUUCGCAUCCUGGAUUCAAUUGCUAGUCACCAUCCACCAAUUAACCUCUAAAGAUAGCUUUCUUUGGUACAGAAGCUGUCUUUUCAAGAAUGAUUUGAUAAGGAGUCUCUUACGGGUGUACGGAUCUCUAAUCCAUUUAGCGAUUUUAUUAUAUGUAGAAUUCGACAUAUCUAAGAUGGGUCUCAGCCGGUUCCCAAGUGUGUGAAUCUUUGGAAGCCCUUAAAGCCAGGGAGUAUAUGAUCCAAUAGCUUUAAGUUGUUGAUAAAGUUCUACAUUCAUAAAAGCAUGCAUCAGUAAAGUCUUAAGCUGACUAGCACUUCGGUCCAGUAAAUCGACGGGAAAAUCUAAAAUUCAAUUAAAUAAAGCUAUCUUUAUUAACCCGCCAUUCAAGGGUGAUCAAAUUAUGCAGCUGACAGCUCAAAGACUUUGGUCAACCAUCAAGCGCACAUCCUACGCCGCAUCUCUUUCUCUCAUAUCUCGAACAUUUUCAAUCCCUGUACCUACGAUUAAAGGACGAAAUUCUGUGAACUAAACUUCACACUGUAUCUACAAGUGUUCACCUGCAGUUGCGGUGACACUCAUGUAAGUAGGACUAACACAGUGUCCCAAUGUUGUCGAAAAGAACAUAUUCCGAAAUGGUUAUUAAGACACAGAAAAUUCCAAUACAAUUAAUCUGAAUAGAAAUCCAGCAUCAUCCAUUGCAAAGCACUUAUUAAUGUCAGGUCACAACAUCAAUAUUAAUGACUAUUUCACAUAACUCCAAUCCAAGGUUAUUAAAGGUGAUGGAAGCACUUUAGAUUAAUAACAUACAGUCUAAACUAUGUGUACAAAAAACAACAAACUUCAGUUUUCGCCUACCAUGGACUACUUAAAUAUGAUUAAUAAUCAGUAUAAUUUUCAUGCAUUUUAUUUUAUUAUUGUGAACGGUGCUAGUUGUAAAGAGAUAGCAGAGAAACUAGAAAAUAUUAUCCUCUAGGGAUAUUUGUCUUCUGGAUACUUGAUUGAAAUUUAUCUGGUGGAUUAAUUUUUCUACCGUAAUUACAAUAUUAUCAAGAUUUCCACUCAUUAUUAUCUGUGGAUUAAACGACUGACACUAUCCUCUCAGCUGUAUAAUUAUUUGACAUCUUAAAGUUUCGAAACACAUUUGUCAUCAUUGUUACUUGGCUUCAUAACUACUCCAUUUCACUAAUAAGAGAUUUUGACGUCAUUUCAUUUACGGAACGAUAGCUAACCUUCUGUCAGUCAUAACAUCUAGGUGUUUAGCUGGCUAUCAUUCCAAUUCUAAUAUUUGUUUAUUAGCUAUAAAAUGCCUUUAAAAUCUCGAGAAAAGCUUUUCUUCGUUUUCAUUUAUUUACUGUUUUUCAAAUUUGGCUAGUCGGAAUGGAAGAUACAAGGUUCAUUUAGUAAUUAUGAAAAUGAGAUAUUGAUUGGUUGGUUUCGAAAUUUACCACAAAAGUAUGGUAAUUCCAGUUCAUGGAUAAUAUCUGGUCCAAUGUCACUGUUAGGCAAUCUACGUUUAACACUGCCAGCUUCUGCUCCUUAUCCAUCAACACAAAGUAUAUCAAUAAAUCAGUCAGGAUUUGCGUUUACAAACCAUCCACACUAUGAGAAUACAAUUCUUCGUCAUAGGACUAUUUUAGCCUAUGCAAUAUAUAGUCGCAGACCUGUACACGAAGUAUGGCGAAUUUAUCGUUAUUCUUUAAAAACUGAUUUUGUGAUCGUCGAAGGGCAUACAUGCCCACCUAGAGGAGGAUGCAGUAAACCGGAGCUUUAUGAUUUACUAGAUCCACAACUAAUUGGACAACCAGCAUUGUGUGAAUCAUUGUUAUCUGUAGAAGUUUCACAAACUGGUAAAACGCCGAGUAUUUUGAAGCCAUAUUUUACAGUUGUGUACGUUGAGUCAUAUACAAACAGAGUUGUACUAUAUGUAAAUAAACUUGACUAAAUAACUCGAUGUAAUUUAGCAUAAAUAUGAGAGCUAGUUACAAGGAAAUGCCCGGUGUUCAGCUCAACGGAGAAAUAAACCACCUCGAAAUAUUUUCACUAAUUGGUUACGGUACUGAACACGUUUUACAUCCAUCUCCGAUUAUUUUGUUCCCGUGUUGUUAUAUUAUGUUAUACAAGACAUGUUGUUGUACAUGACAGACUAUGGUUUAUGUGAAUAAAUUCUAUAUGCU